AUGGCUUUGGAGACUGGUCCUAUCUCAAACUUGGACCAGACAUCCAGGUAUUACCUUGACUAUUAUAACGAUCAAAUAUGCAAAGUAUUCAUUGUAUAUGAUAGCGAGGAGAAUCCCUUUAGAAGGCUUAUAUCUCUGGCUGUGAACAAUUCUGUGCUACUGAAGUCGGUCCUCGCCCUCGCGGCGCGCCACAGGGCCAAUUCCGGAUAUUCUUUUGAGAAUGCUAUAGUGGGGGCUUCCCCAGACCUCCUACAGAUUCACCAAGAUGCUCUUGUCUUCAAACACCAAGCUAUACAAGGUCUAACGCACGCUUUGAGCGAUCCGACAAUAUCUGAACAGGACACGACAGUAGCGUCAAUCUUCCUUCUUAUCUUCUUAGAUCUUUUAGAGUCCGGAAGCGAUAAAUGGAACUUUCACCUUGAGGGCGCUAAGAGGCUGAUUACCAGUGGUCAAUUGCAUGAGUUGCAGGCUGGAAAGUCCCAGGAUCCAGGACGGACUAUCGAGCAAAUAAGAAAGUUCAUCAUCAAACAAAUUCAUGUGAUUGAGACUCUUGGGGCAACAUUUGUCCGUCCUAAAUUACUUUCAGGCUGCACUUCAUUAGACCAUCCAGAUUCCUUGCUUCAGGAAACAGUCGAACAAUCUUUCAUUGGGUGUCCCGAGUACUUGCUACAUGCCGUCCAAUGUCUUUCAGCCUAUCGGGAUAGCAUGGUCGAGCCCCAGCCACCGACCUCUACCACCAAGUCACAGAAGACCUCGACGCGAUACAUAAGCAACCUUUGCAAACUGGCGCAGUCAUACAAACUAGGAGCUCUAAUCUAUGGUCAGCGCAUCUUGGAUGCUCUGCUCGAUGUGAAUACGCCACAAGAGGAACUCGUCUCUGAACUAAUAGGCCUCAUCGAUGCGUUAAGAGACGACGGCAGGUUAUUAAAAUGCGUCCUUUGGCCGAUAUUCGUUGCUGGUCUCGAAUGCCGGUCGCAGGCCCAGCGAGACUUUCUAAUCACUUCCUUGGAAAAGUUCUGGUUGGAUACGAACUGUUUGAACGUGGUUAAUGCAGCCAAGGCACUGCAGUCUUAUUGGCAAAAGACGGACAAACAGGCGUCUCCAACACAAUGGAUCUUUGACAUCGGAGACCUGGAUCAUGACUGGCUUUUCAUUUAA